CACGAUAGACUAGAUAGUUAUGAGGCCCGUCUAAGGAUAGUUGAGUCAGAACAUAUCACAGACCUUGAGCCGGCCCUCAUCAAGUUGGAGGAAGAGCAACAAAGGUCUGCAAGUCUUGCUCAUGUGAAUGCCAUGUUGAGGGAACAGUUAGACCAGGCGACAGCAGCUAACCUGUCAUUAACCAGCGACAUCCACAAACUCACUGCUGAUUGGCAAAAAGUCAGGGAAGAACUUGACAUCAAAGAAAAUCAGUGGAGGGAGGAGGAGCAGAGCUUCAACGAUUACUUCAGUGCAGAGCAUGGCCGUCUUCGUUCUCUGUGGCGUGCGAUUGUCGCUUUUCGUCGCAACUACAGCGAGCUGAAGACAGCUACAGAAAGAGAUCUGUCUCACGUGCGUCAGGACGUGACAAAGGCGGCACGAAGCAUGCAUACAGCUUGUCUCAACCUAAAUGCCAACAACCGUAACACGGAGACUCAGUCACAAAGACAAGAAGCUGAACAGGAAUUGAGGAUGAAGAUUGAAAAAUUACAGGCAGAGAGGUCAAGCCUCCAGAAAAAAGUUCAGGCCCUCCAGCGUGCCCUCACUACCCUUGAAACCGAGAAGCGCGAGACUGAACGAGAUCAAAUCAGGCUCGAGAAAGAUAAAUCUGCUCUGCAAAAACUCUUAACAAAGUAUGUUGAACGUGAAAAGUUGAGGUCAGAGGAGCUUGCCAGCAAGUCUGUUAUGGAACAUACUAGCUUGGACCGUAGUCUGUGCAAGGUUGAAGAAGACCUAGCAAUCAAGGUUCAAAACCUGCAGGCCCAACUGGCUAAGGCAGAGCAGCAACAUGCACAAAGAGAGAAUGCUUUGCAAGCGAAGUUGACUGACCUUACGACACGCCAGCGUGCUGAUACCGAGAUGGAAACUGAGCGUCUGCGCAAGGCACAGAUGCAGGCUGAACGUUUGCUUGAUUCCAGAGAACGUGCCAAUAGGCAGAAAGUUAAGGGCAUGGAAGAAACGAUUGCUACAUUGAAAGACCAGCUAGCAACUGAAAUGCGUAAACGACAGCAGUACAUUCAGAGAAGUGCCCGCACUGGAGAUGAAAAAAAAAAUGACAUCCGUUCCAUGUUAGAUAACUCCCUAACAACUGUAGGCCGCGAUCCCAGUCUGGAGAGACAACUUCUGGAAAUCGAAACACGUAAACUUGAUGAUUCUCUAGAUGUGCACAGUUACCAAGCAAGAACACCAACUCGCCGAAGAUCACCAAUGCGCACACAGGCCACACCACCAACUCGCCUUGGGGCUCGGUCUCCAUUUGGACGCACUGGUAGCCCAAUGUCUAUGCGUAAAUUGAAAAAAUAGUGCCUAACAUUCAUAUAGUUAUACAAUUGUUAAACUAAUGACACACAUGUACAUAUCUGUACCCUUUUCCAUUAAAGGGAACCAUGCAGUAUCUAAAGAUAUAAACCGAUAUUAUCUAUUUUUUUAAUAUGUACACACUUUACCAACUACAUUUUGUUAUGAUUAGUAAGUAUGCCUUUCUGUUUCGUUUCAUUUAAGACUACUGGUUAAAAUUUCACAACGGUUGAAUUAAAACACAGAUAUAUACAGAACUUUCAAAUAUCUUUUUUCGACCACGGUAAAAUUAUAAAUAAACACUUAAAAUUGUACUACAAAUUACCUGCAGUUUAAAAAAAGUUUAAUAUUAUAGAAAAUAUGGUUAUUAAGUUACAAUUCAUAAACAGUUCACAGAUCAUACUUAAAGAUGGUAAGGAUAUGACUAUGAAGUGAAAUUAUGUGUAUAUGUUUGAUAUUACAUUGUUUGAAACCGACUUGUAAAAUUUACACUGCUCUGUACAUUAGCAUAAUAAUACUUGUGUAAACAUUAUGUUGUUUUGGGCCGGUGGCCUAUAUAUCAAUAAAGAAAUUGUCAUUGUCA